GAAGUGUGAGAGCCCAUCACCACGGUCACCUCCUCGGACUCGACCUUGGCCGCAAUGGUCGUCGCUCAUUUCCUCAUCUCCGCCUGUGCAAGUAACUAUUUGAUUCUUAUUCUGAUACUUUCAGCGUAUCUCUCUGUUGCGGCCACCAAGAUGAAGGCUUUUCUCUGUUCGAUUUCUCCUCUCUCUCGCUCUCUCUCUCUCUCUCUCCUCUUCCUGGGUAUCAGAUUCUUCUUAGUGGGUUCUGAAUAGGAAAACUUAAGACCACAAAUUAAGCAUCUUGUUUGAGCCGAGCAGGUUUAGGUGUGUGUGUGUGUGUAUUACAGAAAUUAAGAUGCUUGUAACAUAUAUAAAUGUAUAUAGAAGUAUUGGCUGUAUUGGCUGUGUGCUUGCCUUGGAUGAAAUUUGAAUGAUUAGCUUUUUCCUUGUGCUGUAUGGAGUUCUUGUGUUAUGUUCAGUCAUAGCUUUCUACAUUUUCUGCCUGCUUUUCUUCUUGUGAUGCAACUCAGUUAGCAAGAACUAAAUUAAUGCAAUUCUGAUUCACAAAAAGCAUUAGACUUUGUGAGUUUCCAAGGAUUAGUCUCUGACUUUUCUGUUUCACAUCUCUGAUUGCAUAUUUCUUUGGUCAUGAUCAUUAUUUCUUUGGUCUUUUAAUCGUCUUAGACAUUGAUUUUCUGUGCCAUGAUUUGCAAGAAGGAAGAUAUCUUGCCGAACUAUGAUUUCCAGCCCAUCCGUCCCAUCACUGGAGCCUCUUCGCAAUCCCCAAGUUUUGAUGCUACACCUAAUCUCGGAGGUGGAGGAGGAUCCACUAGGGCUUGGAACUCCCAAGAGUCCAAGUCCAACACCAAUACUCCCAUCAGAAAUUGUGGUUCUGUGGAUUCCUUCGAACGUUCAAAAGAUGUUGUGGAGAAGGACCGAAAUGUUCCUGAUGCUACAAUUAUAUCAGAGAUUGACCACACCAUGAAGAAGUAUGCUGAUAAUUUACUUCAAGUUAUGGAAGGUAUUAGUGCACGACUAACACAACUUGAGAGCAGAACCCGCCACCUUGAGAAUUAUGUUGAUGAUUACUACUAG